AUGGAUUUUCAUCAUAAAAAUAAUGAGAGAAAUAAUAAGUAUGGGAAUGAAAAAUCUAAUUAUGAUCGUAAUGAAAAGCAUAAUGAGAGAAAUAAUGAUCGAAACAAUGAUAGAAAUAAUGAAAGGAACAACGAAAGAAAUAAUGAAAGAAAUAAUGAUAGAAAUGAUAGAUAUGACAACAAAAACGAUAGAAAAAGAAAGGAUCGUCAUCAAAAGAGAAAAAAUAGGAAAUAUUCAUCAUCAAGUGCUUCAAGACCAUCAUCUUCAGUUUCUGUAUCUGUUUCCUAAUCAGAAUCAUCAUCAAGUUCUGAAAAAAUACCCAGAUAUAGACCCAAAAAUCACGAUAACAUGGUAUUAUUAUUGGAGAAUUUACCAGAAAACUUAACUAAAUAAUAAUUGGAUAGUGCAUUUAAUGAGGCUGCAAUGGAAGCCAAUGUCAUUCCUCAUGAGGAAAUUUCUAUAAUAAAUGCAUUUGGGUAAGCAUACAUAAAAUAUUGCACUGUUGAUUAUGCAAGAAAAGUGUUAAUAUAUUUAAAAGGUAAAAUAUAAAUAGGUGAACAUACUCUUAAUGUAGAUUUUUAUGAUGAUACAAGUGGUAGAUAGAGAAGAGUAAUGAAUAUAAUAAUAAUAAUUAGAAUAGACAUGAAUUAAAAAACAGUUUAAUUAAUUAGCCUCCUACAAGUUAUGAUUGGAUAUGUGAUAAAUGUGGAUAUGAAAAUUUUGCAAAAAGACACAAAUGCAAUAAAUGUUUAAAUCCAAGAAAUAUAAACUGUAAGAUAUUGAGUGUCAUGAUGGCUCCUCCUACUGGAUUUACUGAUGAUUCCAUAUGCAACACUAGCUUGAUGAUAAAAGCAAAAGUAUUUCUUUCCUUAUUGAAAUUAAGUCCAUAGCUGAUGCCACUGACAGUGACAUAUUAGAUAUCUUUGCUCCACUUGCUGCUGUUAAAGAUAUAAGACUAGUCAAAAACAAAGUACCUAAGGAUCCAAGAAUGAAAGAAUAAAAGGAUUUUGCUUUUGUAGAAUUCUUUAGUGUUGAAGACGCAGAGAAUGUUUAUAGAUAUGUUACUUAAAACGAAGUCAGACUUCAUGGUGAUUAACUAAUAAUAUAGUAUUCCAGAAACAAUAGAGCAUCACGAUAUGAAGACCAUUCUAAACCAUUUGGGUAUACUAUAGGACUAAAUUUAGAUUCUAUCCAAAUAACUAAUUUGUGAUGCAGCCACAAGGACCAUUACAACCAUAGAUUCCCUCAUAAAUUUCAUCUCAAGUUAAUACAUAACAACAACCAUAAUAACCCUAAGAUAUUAUCCAACAACAGCAAUAAACUCAAAUGUAGAUUCCCAUACCAAUUUAAAUGCCUAUAUCUAUGCAAAUACCUAUACCUUCUCCUAUGCCUAUGCCUAUGCCAAUGCAUUAAAUCCCUUAGAUUCCACCUAUCUAACACAAUCAAUCACCUUAAACUUAACCUAUUCCUUAAUUACCGAUAUAAAUGCCGGAAGUUUCUAUUGUCUAACCAAUUGUUUAAGCCCCAUACCAAGCUGCUUAACUGGCUCAAGAGAGGAUUAUAUUGAAAUAAGAGUAAAAACUUACAUUGUCAACUCCACCAAUGAAUUUAAUGACGUAACUACCGCCCAAGAUUCAUGCUCCUAAACCUUAAUAAUAGUAAUAACCAAGUUAAUAAUAAUCCCAAUAAAAAAAGCAAUAAAAGGUUGAAGAAGUAGAUGAAGAAGUCAAAUCAGAUAAAGAGGAUGAAUAACCAUCUCCUCUACCUACCAAAGCUAUCAAUAAAGCACAGCCUCAAUUAACUGAAGCCUAGAUAAGGAAAAAGGCUGAGUUAGAAUUAAAGAAAUGGGAAAAAUUAUAAUAAACAAAAAAGCCAGAGGUCAAGGUUACACCUUCUAAACCCAUUAUAAAUCAAGUUGAGGCUCAAACUAGACUGAUUUUAUAUAUUUGCCCAAUCUGCAGAAAGAAGUUCCCAAACGAAGAAAUUAUGAAUUAUCAUUCUCUCAACUCUGAGAUGCACAAGUAAAAAUUAUUAUCAAUGUGAUUUAUAUCAAUAGUGAAUGGC